GUCCCCUGCGCGCGUGCGCCUGCACCGCGUUGCCGCCAAGGAGCCGUUUCCGCCUCGGAGCCCGCGAUCGGCGUAGCUUUACGUUUCUGCGGAUCUUCCGCCAUGGUGAGUGAAUGGGCGGGCGCGCCCUCCCCCGGCGCCUCAGCCAAGUCGGUGCUUUUCUGGGCAUCCUCCGGGGGCUUCAUUCCCAUUUCCUCUAUUUCUCUUUACUUAUUUCACAACAGUAGCUUGUCAUGUCCUCUUUUUUUGCUGCAUUAUUUCGGUGUUGUUGUUUUUUUUAAAAAAAAAACUGCUGCAAGCUGGCCUGAGCGCUACAAAUACAGUGCAAGGGUGGGAUAUCAACAUUUUCAAUAGACAAAAAUUGCUGUAAGACCAUUUUAUAGCCCUGGAAAUGAUGCUGAACCUGUUGAAUUUCUGCCUCUCCUGAGUAUUUGCUGCACUGCUUGUUUUGGAAUGUUAAAACGGCUAAACACGUUGCAUACAUAAAUAAAUGCACGCAGCAGUCUCUUUUAUAUUUCCCCAUAGCUGUCCUCUCUUGGCUCUGGGUAACUUCACACCAUCAAUUCUGCUUCAUUCCUCUCUACAGUGACAUUCAAACCCAUCAUGACCAAACGAGUUCUUCAGAAGCAACAGACAGCAGGGUUGUACUGGUGUGGCUAAAAAUUGAGGGUGGUAUCUGUACAGUGGUAUCUCGGGUUACAGAUGCUUCAGGUUACAGACUCCACUAACCCAGAAAUAGUAGCUCGGGUUAAGAACUUUGCUUCAGGAUGAGAACAGAAAUCAUGCUCUGGUGGCACGGCAGUAACAGGAGGCCCCAUUAGCUAAAGUGGCGCUUCAGGUUAGGAACAGUUUCAGGUUAAGAACAGGCCUCCGGAACGAAUUAAGUAUGUAACCAGAGGUACCACUGUAUUCAACUUGCGAGCAACAUGUUUUAUAGUGGGAAAUGCAUAAAUAUCCAUAUUCUUCAACUGCUUAAUUAACUUUAAUGGUCGAACAAUUUCUACCCUGUGUCUCAGCUUCAUAUAUGGUGGAAACAUUAAUACCUCCUCAUUUUUUAUAUAUUCCAAAACAGUUGACUGGCUCUUUUUUUCUUUUUGAAGACCUUGGCAGCUGCUGGGACUUGGUUACUGAUGCAAAAUAAGUCCUCACCCUCAAGUGAAUGGUAACAUGGUCCCAUUCACGUCUCACAAGCAAAUUCUGGCUAUGAGUUGGGAUUUGUUGAGAAUGAAACCAGCUGUGGUCCCUGGUUCAGAUGUAAUAAAAAGCCAGAGAUGGCAGUUGUUUCUCCCAGUGCAAGUGAGAAGGAGCAAAUUAUUCCUUUUAGAAACAUUCACAGUGAUCUAUUAGCUAUAGUUCAUCACAAUGUGUGGGCGGCAUUAUCAAGGGUUGUCUAAUUCUGUAUAAUAUAUAUCAAUGUGGCUUAGAUGCUGCUGCACUAUAAAGUUUAUAUGUAAUAAUAAGGCUCUAUGAGAAAUCUGACCCUUUUACCAUCUUGAUUGGCCAGGUUUCUAUAGUUAUCUUUGCAUAAUAUUCUCUAGACUUAUGUUUUACUGGUAUUCAAUUCUCAAAUAAAGCCUAUUCUCCCACUCUCUCAUUUUAGGCUCGAAAUGCAGAAAAGGCCAUGUAAGUAGUCUGAAUAUUGAUAUUUUGUCACUGAGAAUAUUUUCAGCAUAUUCUAACAGUUAAACUGCCUUCUGCCUUUGAUCCAUAACCAUUUAAGAAAUGUUACUUUGCAAUUCUACAGCUUACAAUAUGUUAAUCUUGGUAUUCUCUGCCUGUGCUUAUUAGUUACAUUUUGGACAUGGUGUUUCAGACUGUGACAAAGUAUUCCUAAAAGACACAAUUUUAAUAUUUUCUCCAUUUCUUUAUAAGGCUUAUGUUUGGUUCUUCCCAUGCUAAAUCGUAUAAAUGUAUGACACAUAAGUUAUGAGUAUUAUGAUUUCAUAUUUUCUGUUUGACGUGGAACUUUCUUCCUUUUAGGACGGCCUUGGCGAGAUUUCGCCAAGCUCAGCUGGAAGAAGGAAAAGUUAAGGUAAGCCAGAAAACCAGUUUGGCUUCUGAGGAGGAAGAUUUAUGGAGCAGUUUCUAAUAAUGUAGGGGUAGAUCAGAGUUUCUCAGACCACUGAAAGCCAUAUGCAACCAUAGCAGGCAAACUUUUCUAAAACAUUGGAACGGAUGCAUUAAUAAUGACUGUUGACCUGGUCAUAUGUUUCUGCUUAUCUUUCAUUAUUCCGCAAAGGAAACUGGAAGUGAGUCUCCAAACUUUUGCCUCCUUGAUAAUUGUCUUACUAGAGAAUCAACUGAGCAUUUUGUUCUUGGCGUGAUUAUGAACUCGAGUCUUCCACAUGAUACCAUGCUGUACCAAUGGACAGCCAUGUGAUGUUUCAUUUUAACUUUUACAAAUCAAUGCCUUUUCUAUCUUGUAAAACAAUAGAGCUGUUACAUUUUGUUUUAUGUUUGUGUAUUGUUGCACUCACAAGCUGAGGACAGGUUGCGGCAUAAAACAAAUAUAAAAAAUAACAACCUGUCCUGCUAAAAGUGACAAAGGGAGUGAUGGGGCAAAGGAAGGUUAACUUUAGGAAAGGCAGGAAAACAUGAGUGUAAUCCUCUACCAAAAUCUGUAAGGAAGAUUCAUUCAUCUUCUGUAGCCCUGUUUUUCCCCCUUUAGAUUUUAAAACAGUGAUUCCCUUCCCUGUCCCAUUCUCAUUGAGGUGGAUCCAGAGUGUCUAUUCCAUGAAUGGAAAGGCUCCUCUCUUCUCCAAUAGACAUCAAACCAGUUAGAGGAAAGGGGAAGAGGUGAUUAUUGGUAAUUUCCACCCUUCCUUCACCCUGCAAGCUCCCUUUGCCAUCUUCCCCCACUGUUCUGGGGAGUCCAAUUGUCUGGAGCAUUUUGGGGGCAGGGAAGGGUAUGGGGAGGAAGGAGAGCUGCCCAGAAUUGCUUCUUCCACUUGUACUUGCAGAAGUGUCCAGUUAGCAGAGUUCCACUGCAGGCAAGACAGUCCAGUUCCACCUAAAUAUUAAAUACUUGUUCAACUGUCAAAUGUCCCCAAUGGCGUCUGAAGUUUGGUUGUCCAGACAAAAACUACAGGGUAGCAGUGGUGGCACCUUAUCUAUAAAGCAGCCUUUGGCAUCUGUUCUGACAAGAGAAAGUAUUAAGGUAAUAGCAGCAGUACAAAAUUAAUGGCUGCCUCUAUUGUGACAGAAGGGCAGACAUGAUUAUAGUGGGGAAAGGGGUAAAUAUUUUUGACCCAAGAACUCACUGUCUGAUAUUUUGUUAGCCUACAUUAAACCUGUAAGCUAGGGAUAGUAUAAAGUGUUAAUCAUACUUGUAAUAGUUGGAUAUCACAUAGGAAAGGUUUUACUUUAUGUUAAAGCUCAUAAAACAACUUGUAAAAAAAUGUAACUGCCGCUAAUGCCAGCAAUUUCAAGAAUUAUGAUUUUAAAAAAAACCAAAAACCCAUGCAAACUGCUUAGGGAGCAGAUUUUUGUGGGAAAGCAGUGUGAAACCGAAAACUUAUGUAUUUUUUAAUUUUCAAAAUAACAGCUAGAAAGUCAAGGUGGCUUCCAGAAUCUGAGUGUGAGAACAUGGAAUUAUCUGGCCCCCACCCUUGGGGUUGAAAGAGGAGGGAGAGAAGCUUUAAUCCCAAGAGAGAUAUUUGGAAUAAGCGCCUGAAAAAUGUUGUUGGACCCUAAAGCAGUCUUAUUUAAGACUUGCCCUGUAUCUAAGAGAUGUUUGCUACCUUAUAUUUGAUCAACAGCAGCUUGACCAGAAAAGGGUUUCCAGUAUUCCUGAAAGCUUUGACUCGCAAAAGGAAAUUAAUUUCAGAAAUCCAGAGCAGCCACUGGUAGUGCCGCACUGUGUCCAGGUUGGUUGUAUGUGGUGCGCAAAAGGAGGAUCCAAUAUUCUAAUGGCAGCGUGAGGCAAAGGAAAUUAGACUCUUACUUUGUGCAUACUUGGAACUAUUAUAGAGAUGUGGAAAGUAUCAGGAAUGAAAUGUUGAGAGUUGCAUUGGCUGUAUGUGCAGACAGUGAAAAUACAGAAAGUACACAAAUCUGAAGAUACCAUAAUCAUAUUAUAUUUCUUUGUUUCAAACAGGAGCGAAGGCCUUUUCUUGCUUCAGAAUGUAAUGAACUGCCAAAAGCUGAGAAAUGGAGGCGGCAGGUAUUUGCUGUUGUGGAUUCUGAAUAACAAUCCUCUAAGUAUAUAAACGAACCCCUGAUAACAUAGUUCCAACUUCUGUCCAUUUAUUGAAAGACAGUUGUACCUUGGAUCUCAAAUGCCUUGGCUCCCGAACAAAUCAGCUCCUGAAUGAUCAAAACCCAGAAGGGAGCGUUCUGGUUUUUGAACGUUCUUUUGGAAGGCGAACGUUCGGGGCUUCUGAUUGGCUGCAGGAGCUUCCUGUAGCCAAUCAGAAGCUGUGCUUUGCUUUCCGAACGUUUUGGAAGGCGAACGGACUUCCGGAACGGAUUCUGUUUGACUUGGAAGGUACGACUGUGCUCAUGUAUUUCUCUGCUCUGUCACAGAUGAGGAGAUGGUAAAUGAAAAAGAUGCAACAGUGGACAGGCCUGCAGGAAUUGGUCUGCACAUGCUGAUAGCAGCAACAGGUGGGUGGGGAGCUGUGGCAAGGAGGAGCAUGCUCUGUUCCUCCUCCCAGUCUGCCACCGAAGGCAAGGGGCUCACUUUGGCUAGUGGCAGGGCUAGGCCUAUGCACACCAUGGCAUCAUUGUGUUAAACUACAAACCAGCUGCUGUAGUUUAACAAAACAGUUCCAAAGUUUUAAAUCUAUGAAUUGUCAAAAUUGGUUGUCUGCGAAACCGUUUCUAGGUCAUGGGAGAGAAAAUGUUGGAAAUGCUCUUUUUGAAUAAUGAUUGCAUGAUGCAGUACCUUAAACAAAGAGCUUUAAAAUUAUUAUUCAUUAAACAAAAACUUUUUAAAGGUAUUGUGUCAUACAGCCUCUAAAAUAGAUGCUGCUGAUUUGUUUGAGGAAAAAAGUAAUUGUCGUAUAAUGUCUCUUUUUAAACAGAUUAUUGGUGAAAUUUCCAAGAAAGUGGCACAAAUUCAAAAUGGUAAGUUCCUAAUGCAGGGGUGGUGUUAAUCUUCCUAAUGGAGGGGCAGGGUUAAUAUCCUUAUGAGCCUGCAGAUUGUACUUUUCACUAGCAUUUAUUACACUUGAGACUUCUUUUUAUCUCUGACCCUGAAGAGCUGCCACUGCUCUGAGGUCUAGGCUUGUGAUAGUGAACUGAUAAAAGGAGCUACUGCUCUGGAGUCUGCUUUUGUUGGAAAGGAUGCUGUGAUAUCUGAAUUGUGAAUCUGGUAUUCAACAAGCCUAUCUAGCCAAGCUAGUCUUGGGUCAACCUUCUUGAUCCUGAUGUGCUUUGAGUCUUUGGAAUAAUAACUGGCUCUGGUGCUUUUGAUAUCCACACAUUAAAAAUUACUUUAAUAAGAAGCCUGCUAUAAAAGUUGUCUAAAAGCAGAGGGACUGAUGUCUUCAUGUGACAGAGAGAAAUAAAGCAAUAUGAAUGAGCAGUAUUCUACAGCAGUGCUACUCAAAGUGAUGGUCCAUGGAUCGGUGCUGGUUCAUGAGCCAUCAGCUGUUACUCUGCAGCAACUCCACCUCAAUCCAGGUUGGAUAGGACACUUCAGGGAUCAAAAAUGGCCCUGCUCCCUGCCUAGCACAUUGCGGGGUGGAAAGAAAUUGCCAGUCUACCACAUCAGAUAGUCUGAAAAACACUGUCCUACAGUACCUGGAAAAAUUCAGAAUAGAGAAUGUAUAUCAAUGAUUAAAACAGCUAUUUCCCCCCCCCCCAUUUCCUUUAAAAAAGCUGGCUUAGGUGAAUUCAGAAUUCGUGACUUGAAUGAUGAAAUUAACAAACUCCUAAGAGAAAAGGGGCACUGGGAAGUCCGGAUAAAGGAGCUGGGAGGACCCGAUUAUGCAGUAAGUAUAUAAAAAUUAUUAGAUCCGUAUGUAGGAAAGUGCAAACACAAUACAAAUUUAUCUGUUAUAAUUUGAUAAAUAAUAACCACUGCCUGGUUCUUAUCAUUGGGAAUCUCAGGUGAGAUACCCACACAGUGGCUCUCAAUACCAUUCACCACACGGAAGCAGAGAAGGGUUCAGAUAGUAUACUGUUGCAGAAGAUAAGGCUCAGUAAAACAGUUCUGGACAUGGAUAGAUACAGCUUGUGGGCUUUUCCAGAUACAGAUACCUACAAGUACAAGGUAUCUCUGUUGCUUUAAAUAAGUUCAGCAAUUCAAGACAUAACACUGAACAAGUAACUUGACUAACAGACAGACAGGCAGAUAAACUACAGAGUAACAGACUACUGAGUUGACAUAUUAAUCACAGAUAUAGUCUGAGCACUGGCCCAUUACCAUAGCAACUACGUUGGCUGACCUUGUGAUUAGCUCAUCAUCGGGUGAUUUACACUCAUGAAGGAAAUUUACCCAGUUAUUCCAAGACUUGUGUAAGUGGAUAUCCACAUAGGUAACUCAAUAAUUCAAAUGUAUUGUUGGGUCUUCCAUGUUAUAAAUAGUUUGUGUGAAGUUCUCCAGAUUUGACCAUGCCAAUCUGGGUCUGCCCAAACCACAUGAAACACUGCCUGUACUCACAAGUUCUGUCUAAUUAGCCACACAAAAGGAAAUACUAAGCAUUGUGGCUUUUACCCCUUUCUUCUCCCUCAAGAGAAUUGGUCCCAAAAUGCUUGAUCAUGAAGGGAAAGAAGUUCCAGGAAACAGGGGUUACAAAUAUUUUGGAGCUGCUAAAGAUUUGCCUGGGGUCAGAGAGCUUUUCGAAAAAGAACGUAAGUAUUUUUGUGCAUGUGGCAUACGCAUUCGAGAAAUUAAAUCUUUUUAUAUAUACUUUUCAAAUUUAUACAUUUCAUUAAUUUUACAAUCAUUUUAACAUUUCAAAGUCUGACUUCCUUCCCCCUCUUUCUGUGGUUCCUUAAAUUUAUUUUUUAAUAUCUUCUGCAUAUCCAAAUUCAUUUAAUUUGCUCAUUUAAUUAUCUACUUUAAAUAUACAGUCAUACCUCGGGUUAAAUAUGCUUUGAGUUGAGCACGUUCAAGUUGCGCUCCUCGGCAACCCGGAAGUAACGGAGCGCGUUACAUCCGGGUUUUACCGCUUGCGCAUGCGCAGACGCUCAAAAUGGUGUCACGCACAUGAGCAGAAGCGGCGAAAAGCGACGUGUGCAUGCGCAGAUGCGCUGUCGCUAGUUACGUUUACCUCUAGAUGCGAACGGGGCUCCGGAACGGAUCCUGUUCGUAUCUAGAGGUACCACUGUAUACUCUUAUGAAACUGCAGGUUAUUACAAUAAUCCUGCCAAUGUUUUUAUCUGUUAAUAUUCAAUAAACCAUUUCCAUUCUUUUAUAAAAAGUUUGUUAUCUUGAUUUCUUACUCUUCUGGUAAGUUUAGCCAUUUCUGCAUAUUCCAUUCUUCCUUUGCUGGGACUUCUGCUUCUCUCCAUUUUGGGACGAGUAGCAUUCUUGUUGCUAUAGUCACAUACAGAAAUAAAUUUCUAUACAAUUUAGGUAGUUCUGUCCCUAUAAUUCCCACAAGAAAAGCUUCUGGGUUGUUGUUGUUUUACAAAGGUUAUUUUAAACAUCAUUUUCAAUUCAUUAUAUAUUAUGAAUAGAGAAAUUAAAUCUAGUAUAAAAUUUUACAGAGUAGGACACGUUUUCCCGUAAGAUGUGUUGGGAGUUAUUUUCCUGUAGUUUCCCCUCAGUUUAAUGCAAAUGGUAAGAGGAGGAGAAAAUACAUAUGCAACUGAUUGCCCUGCUCAAUUAUUGCAGUGCAAUUGCUACUGUUUAUUUUUUAUUUAAAAUUUACUGUAUUAAUUUAGAAACAUUGAUGGAAUAGGCCCUGGCAUCUCCAGGUAGGGCUGGAAUUUCCUCUUUCUUACAGUCAUUGCUGGCAUGUUUCCUAUGGAUGUCUUACCCAGUGGUUUGAAUAUACUGUAGGUGUCCUUGGCUAUUUGGUUGAAUCUCAAUGACUAGCUAGUCAUAGCAGGUAAAGCUAUGUGCUUCCAUUUUCUCUUACUUGGGUGGAGAGUGACUUUGCAUUUGUUCCUUCAGCCCUUCCUCCUCCCAGGAAGACACGAGCUGAACUCAUGAAGGCUAUUGAUGCAGAAUACUAUGGCUACAGAGAUGAGGAUGAUGGUGUCCUGGAACCGUUGGAGCAGGAACAUGAAAGGAAAGGUAUGCAUGGUCAACCUCGGAUCAGUUGUUGCUUUGCUUAGUGUCUUUUACAGGAGACCCUACUUCUAGUUACCUGUAAGACAAAGAAGUACAGUGGUACCUUGGUUCUCAAACGCCAAAAACCCAGAAGUGUUCUGGUUUUUUAACGUUUUCCAGAAGCCAAACAUCCAAUGCGGUUGUCAGCUAUCGUUUCCAGGGCACCUUCACCAAUCAGAAGCUGCGCCUUGGUUUUUGAACAUUUCAGAAAGUCAGUCAGACUUCUGGAACGGAUUAAGUUUGGCACUUUUGUUUUUGUGACUGUGUGGAACCCAAUCCAGCUACUGACUGAUUGAUUGAUUGAUUGAUUGAUUGUGUGACUGUGGAAAUAGAUAAAUGACUAUCAUCAGUGCAGGUAAGAAUUUUUUCCCCCUAAUAAUCUUCAAUACUGUCUUAUUUAUUUUAUACUACAGUACAUUGAUUAUUGCUUUCAUUUUAUGGAUCAGUGGUCUUGUUAGAUGGUAAAAUUCACAUUAAUUUUCUGUUUUAGUGGUUGUUUUUAAAAGUCUGUAACGGAUUAAUCCAUUUUUGCAUUACUUUCUAUGGGAAAACGCACCUUGGUUUUGGAACGGACUUCCAGAACAGAUUAAGUUUGAGAACCAAGGUACCACUAUAAAACAGUUCAGUUCUUUUCAAAGGAUCUUAUUUCUGCUUCUUAUUUAAGAAACGGUCGUGGGCAUGUCGUUGAGGACACAUCUUCCAUUUUGGCAUAUGCUGUGUAUUAAAUACUUCAGUAGUGUUGCUUCUGUCUCUUCAUGUGGAUUCUUACAUCACAGGAGUGUGGCUGUUUGUCUGUCUUGCCCUGUACUGACUGCUCUGAAUGGCAGGGUCUGAGGCACAGUCUUUUCCAUCACGUGCUACUUGAUUUCAUCCCCUCCCCACCCUUAGAAAAAUAAUAAUUAGAUGCCAGGGAUCUAUGACUGUGUGACCUUCUGCAUGUGUUACUAAGGUAUGUCCCCUUCCCCAAAUUAAGAUUCUGUUAAUAUCUGUUGACUGAAUAUUUGCAGAUCAAUUUAUAAGCCACUUUUAAUCAAGCUUGUGUUUACUUGUUGUUCACGUUACCCACUUUUUUAUACUGGAUAAAAUAACCUGUAGUAAGCUUUUGAUAUGACCUUUAUAUUGCCCUAAAGUCAAAUGCCAGAUGCUAUUAUUUUACAAAUUUUGUCUGACAAUUCAACUAUUUUUUUUGGCGCUUGCUAACAACAUUCCUGUUUAAACAAGCCUGCGCAGGUGCUUAGAAAGCUGAGGUAAUUUUAAUCUGUUUUACUGUUUUAACUUGUAUGUUUUAAAACAGGGUUGUGAUUCCUACCCCCUUGAUUUCACAGUUUUAUCUUUUGUAAACCGCUUUGAGGGUUUUUGUUUUUUUGCAUAAAGCGGUAUAUAAAUUAUUAAAUAAAAAAAUAUGAGUUAAUCAGUAUUGGAGCUUUUCUGCUACAGAACUGCAGUUUUUUUUCCUCCUAAAAGGCAGUCAGAUGUCCGUACUAGUGAUAUUGGUCUUGUUUUAUUCAGAAAAUACAUCUGAAAUUUAUCUGUUCCCUCAUCUGGAUCUGCUUCCUUGGCAAUUCACUCCAAUAAAUAGAUCUCCGGUUAUGCUGAUGAUAAUCACAUGGGGACAGAGGAAAUUAAUUCAAGUCUUUUGGAAAGAAAUCAGCCUCAAGAAAAUUAGAUGAGCUACUAGAAGGAAAUAACUAAGCUGCUGCUGUUGAUUAUGUCAAAGCAUUAUAAGUUGACAUGAACUAUCCCCCAACAGAGUUGCCUUCUUGCCACCAUUUUGGUACUUUUAAGUAAGAUAAAUCUUCUGCUGUUUUGCUUAUUGAGUUCAGAAGAUUGGUUAUUGCCUUUUGAAAAAUGAAUACGCUAGUAAUUUUACUUAGAUUGUUUUAUCAGAAGCAUUUCAUUUACAUACUACAUUACCUGGGGUUUGAGGUUUGAAGGCUGUACAUUAUGAGACUCUGGCUUGCUAUGCUCUGUAGACCUUAUUGUGGGGAAGAGCUGUACAUCUCUACAGAAAUUAGCAGAACUUCUUGAAUUACUGUUACAUAUCUAAGAGCAUAAAAUUCAACACCUGUUCAACUAAUGACAAACUGGCGUAUAAGUAGCACAUGGUUCUGAAAGUAGCAUUCAUCAGUUCUCCACAGUAAGUUCAUGCCUUUCCCAAGUGUGCUUUGAUCCUGCACCAUGGCUGUAUCAACCUUCCUUUCAUUUCCUGAGACUAAGCCCUAGUGUUCAGCUAAGUAUCAUUCUCAUUUCACAAUUUUGAGUCUUGCUGUACUCUUCUCAUUUCAGCCUGUUACUGUAUCAAAUGAUGAUACAAGCUGUCUGUACUUAUGAAUAUUUACUCGGAAGUAAGUUCCAUUGGUCCCAAUGACACUUACCUCCAGGUUAAUUUGCAUAUGUUUGUGAACUCAAUUUGGUAUUAGUAAACCCAUUGUGUUUUCCAGUAACUUCUUCCCUUUUUUUCUAGACGCUUGCAUUGUUUGUACAGAAGGCAUAUAGAACAACAGGUGUGGUUCAAGUGUUUUUUUUAAUUACAUACAUAAAUUUUAAGAUACCUAUAUUAUUCUAUUUCUCCUUUCUAACUAUGGUCCCUGGUUUUGAAGUGUCUUUGUAUAGUUUGCUUGAAAUAUUUAUUUUGCCAAAGGCAGAAAUGAUGAUCCAGAAAGUAUGAACAUUUUACUUCAGCUAAAGGAGAGAACAGUGAAUUGUGACAUGUUUGAACAGGUCUCUUUUAGGCAGUUCUGAAAAGCUAGAUUUGGCAGCAAGUUCUGGAACACCCAGUUCUGGAGCUAUAUAGCAAAGUUUGGCAAGCUGGGAAAGACUCUCUUAAAUAUGCAGGGGCUGGCUUUUGGUAGCUUGUUUUCCACAGCACUGAUUUCUAGUUUUUCUCUGCCUUUUACUCUGCCAUGGUGCUCCAACAAUGGUCUCAAGCUUGCUUGUUGCCUGAUUCCUGGCCUACAGUAGAUGGUGCUAUAAAUGCAGGAAGCAGGGAGGUUGAAACUUCCUGCAGCAAAGUAUUUUCCAUCUUGAACAAUCACUCCCUGAUAGAAUCUCCACUGCUAGAAAUAGAUCCAGAGCUGCCCCAACCUACUGUGUUACUCUCUCUCAACUGUAAAUGUUACAGCAGUACAGAAUUGCUUGUUAGGGUUGCUCUAAAUUGAGCCCUUGCCUUAUCAUGGCUAUGAGAAAGGGGAAAUUAAGAGUGUUAACAGACAUCUUCUUUUAUAGUCUGCAACACUUUUUCCACUUUAAGAAGUGAAGAAGGGCUCCAAACUCCCAUCCUCUAAAGCUGAUUUCAAGCAGGGUUGUGUUGCCACAGAAAGGAAACAAAAAGGAGAGGCCAAGCUUCAGACAGGAACAUGGCUAGUAAAAAGGGAAAUUGUAGAUACAGUGGUACCUCGGUUUUCGAAUGUAAUCCGUUCCAGAAGACCAUUCAAGUUCUGAAACGUUCAAAAAACGAAAACUCAAUAGCUGACAGCUAGGCCUCAGGAUCUUGCACUCAGCGGAAGCCGCGUGGCAUGUUUGACUUCUGAGGCGUGUUCGAAAACCGAAGCAUUUACUUCUGGGUUUAUGGCGUUCGAAAACCAAAAUGUUUGUCAACUGAGGCGUUCAAAAACCGAAGUGCCACUGUACUUUGAAAACUGCAUGAGUUUAAGUCAAGCGAUGAACAUAACACUUAGAAGUUCUGGACUGCUUGAGGGAACCAGGAAGGUGGAAUCAGUAAGACAAGAAGCAGUGCCACAGAAGCUGAAGAUGUUCAGCUUUUAUGGAGCAUUCUCAUAUACAUUCUCUUGAAGUGUAAUAUUUGGUGAAAAGAAUGCUUGUUAGACAAGUUCAUCUUCAAAUGCAAAGGGCUGCAAAUGCUAAACACUUUUGCUCCAGUCCCUGGAGGAGGAAGAGACCCCUGAAGGGAGUCACAAUUGGUAUUGUUAAGCCUAUAGUACCCACCCAGUGAAGUUAUGAAAUGGGUUGUAGUGAUAUCCUACAGUGACCUACUUGAGGGCAGACUCAGCAGAGAAAGGGACAGAACAUCUCUUGUUGAUACCUAGUUCUCAGUUAUAAUAUAUACCAGUGCAUCCCUAAGGAACCUACAUUCCUUAAUUUUAUUAUUCCUUUGAGCAGAUCAUGGGAAGUAGGCAACCUGACUUCCAAUCAGUUUCCUAAUUUGAAGGGGUUUUUAAUCACCAUUGGUGGGACACUGAACCCUGUUUCUCCUACUGUAUAAAAGUGUGUCAAGUUUUCAGGCCACUUCAUACAUUUGAUAAAAUAGACUGAAACUUAUGAAAAGCUCACAUCACAGUAAGGCUACAUUGUUUUGACCUGGCAGUAAGUCCAACCGACUUCAGCUUUCCAGGGCUUUAGACUGGGAACAUUCACAGUUCUAUCUGGAGAUGCUGGGGAUUGAACCUGGAAACUUCUGCUUCCAAGGCAGAUGUUUACCAGCUCUGAGGGAGGAUGGAUUAUAGCUCAGUGGAAAGAAACGGCUACAUCUCAGCUUCUAAAAGGUUAAUUCAAAUAUAGUGCAUCUAACUUAUUUAUUACGUUUCUAUACUGCCCUUCAUCUGAGGAUCACAGAGUGCCUUACAAUAUAAAAAUACAAAAAGACAUAACAUAGUUACAAACAAACAAAAAUACCCCCAGUUUAAAAGGUCAUAAUUAGCCAAAGGCCUGGGAGCAGAGGAAUGUUUUUUCUUGGCACCUAAAGUUAUGUAAGGCAGGUGCCAGGCGGGCCUCCCUAGGGAGAGCAUCUUACAAGUGGGGAGCCACUGCAGAAAAGGCCCGUAUUCAAAUUGGCACACUGUGGACCUCUUGCAGAGGAGGCACAUGAAGAAGGGCCUCAGAUGAUGAUUACGGGGUCAGGGUUGGUUCAUAUGGGAAGAGGCACUCCUUGAGGUAUUGUGGUUCUGAGCCAUUUAAGGCUUUGUAGGUCAAAACCAGCACUGUGGGCUUGGGAACUCAUUGGCAGCCAGUGCAGGCGUGCCAGGAUCAAUGUAAUAUUCUCAGACCACCUUGCCCCAGUGAGCAACCUGGCUGCUGAAUUCUGCACUAGCUGAUGUUUCCAAAUCAUCUUCAGAGGCAGUCUCAUUGCCGUAAUCUACGCUAGAGGUUACUUCAUUCCUUAAUGAGUUGUUAAAAAUAGUAUUAAAAACUGAGCACAUACAAAUGUAUGCUAGCGAAGUCAGCCUAGCUUUUGUAAACAAGAGUCACACUUCAUAAACUUGAAAGAAUUCUUUAUGUAUGCAGUACAGGAAAGGCAAACCAUUUUAAAGUAUAGUAAACCAUUUUAAAGUAUAAUAAAGUUCAGGCUUUCUCAGAACUUAUCAUAGCACUGGGUAAAAGGUAAACAAGGUUUAGAGGGAGACAUUGUCAGUUUCUAUCUGGAUAAAGUUGAGUAAUGUGUGCUGCAGACUUGAAUCAAAAUGGGGGACAGGUGCCGGGCAGGAGGGAUGCUUCCCUUACUGUUCAGCUGACAGAAGGCUAUCAACUGAGUGACACUUUUGGAUACCCACCACCCCUAUUUCUAGCCCAAUCUGUUGUAACUAUAACAUCAGAAAACCCUGCCCAUAACUCUUUGUAGGAUUGCCACAAGUUUCUGCUAAUUGUACCCUUCUAAAUGCCUUCUCCAAUGCUACUGUUCCAUUCUCAAGGAAGCAAAGUUCAAACAGUGCAAGUAAAAACUGAUAAAUACGUUUGUGGAUUCACCAAAAGUUGACUCUUAUAAUUGACUCUGAAAUGAAAGAGCUGGUGCUUUUUGAAUUUAAUUUGGUCAACCUCUUAAAAUCCAAAUAUAAAGUACUAUUUUUUUUACUUGCCCAGUUAUUGCAGAAGCAGUGGAAAAAUGGAAAGCAGAGAGAGAAGCACGGCUUGCAAGAGGAGAUAAAGAAGAAGAGGAGGAGGAAAUAAACAUCUAUGCAGUAAAUGAUGAUGAGGUAUUGUGCUGGUUUCAGUUCUGCUAAUAACAGCAUGCCAUGAAUGUAGAAGAAUUCAUUAACAGUAAAAGGCAGAGUGGCAUAAACGUUAGCAAACUUGGAUAGGCCUGCCUGUUUCAGUGUCUGUGCAUUUCGGUGUCUUUAUGUAUGUGAUAAGUGCAAUUUCUUUUCUAUGUGGAUAAAAUGUGACUGUCAGACACUGGGGUGUGUUUCUGAAUUUGGAAUGAAACAUCAAGAUGAAUCAAGUCUUAAUUUAGGCUGUACUUCCUGCUGUGUACUGGUUACACACAGAGCAUGCAUGAAGCCUGCUGUGGACUUAUGGCUGUGUGUUUGUGUGGUUUAAAAAAAACACUUUGUCUUUUUAUAAUAGAACUUGAAAGCUAGUCAGUUUGCAUUUGACCGUUAGGAAAUGUAAUUAACAAAAAAACCUCACCUAUUUUCCCCUUUCCAACUUUGGAGAAAUCUGACUUUUAAAGCAGCUCAGCCCAAUGCGUGUUGUCUGAAUUUGUAUAAAAUGGGUGCAGCAGAAAGAUGUAGACUCCCCCCAUCCAGCGUUUCUCAAAGUGGGAGUGGGGAAUGAAGGGGAGACUUUCUUUCUUUAAUUUCUUCCAUACAUGCACUUCACCUUAUCACCUCCAGCAUCAGGGCUGGAAAGGAGAAAUGAGGGGAGGCUUUCAAAGCCCUCUGUGAUGUAUUCCAUUCUCCUUUGCACCUUGACAUUGGAGGUGUAAAGGAGAGCAUGGGGAAGAUUGCAAAGGGCUUUGUGAUCCCUGUGUUGGAGGUGACCUCAAAGAACAGCACAGGGAGCAAGAAGCAGUUCCCACUGAAUUGAAACUGCUUCCCUUUCUCUGAGCAAGAUGCACUCCUAUCUACUGCCCAGCACCUGAUAUUCUUUCCUACAGGACAGUUGAUGCUCAUUGGCUUUGUGGCAGGAGUGUGGACAGUCUAGCUAGAACAAAAUCAGGCGCCUGGUGUUGACUUUUUCUUCACUGGCAUGAUGCGUGUGGUUGCAUAAACUGAAUGUUCUAAAUGUAUUGCAGUCUGAUGAAGAAAGCGGAAAGGAAAAAGAAGGAGACGACAGUCAGCAGAAGUUUAUUGCUCAUGUCCCAGUGCCAUCACAACAAGAGGUAAGGAACAAAUAGAAAAUGAAAGUUGUACAGGUACAUUGAACUUCCAGAGGAAUAGCUACAUUGGCCUACUCCAGGAAAAAAAGUUUUGUGGCACCUUUUUGCAGCUACUGUGUUUUCUCUGUCAUUCCUGACUUCAUUAGUGCAUUUUGCAAAUUUAUGUGAUGUACCUUAAGCAAACAUAUACAGUUUAGCUGAAAAAUAAAGCCAGACUAAGGUUCAGAAUGUGUUUGUAUCUCAGAAGAGAAUCAUUUUGUACUUUGAUAACUAUAAAGGGGUUGUUCAGACAUAACCAUGCAAAACAACGCUUAAGUAUUGCAAGAAUGAGCCUUGGGAUUCCAUUGCUCCUCCCACUCAGUAAAUUAGAACUUCUGUUUCUGGGCUGCAGCAAACCAUAAUGUGCCUGUUGCAAUGAAACGGUAAACUCAGCCCCAAUUCAGAAGGCUCUGAGCAUAAUGUGCAAUGAAAAGGAAAGCAUAGUGCUGCUGCACAAGUGAGAGUUCUUGCCCUGGCUUCCACCAGCACAUCCGGUUAGUUGAAUGCACCCCUAUACCUCAGCAUCUUUGCAAAGAGAGUUUGUAUCAGUUCUGGAAAAGUGGUGAUACAGCAUCCUAAAAGUCACCGGCAACUUAGGUCAAGGAACAUCAGACUUUGGCCACAGCAAUAAUCUUUUGACACCUCUCUUCAAAGCUUGUUCCUUUUCGUUGGUAGUUCCUUUUCAUUGCCAGCAUGUACGUAUAAGCUAUUUUUACUAAAUCAUUUGCAAUCUGUGAAGUUUUAGUACUUUAUUUUAAGGCUGAAUGUUUUUAAUCUGCAGAUUGAGGAAGCUCUUGUCCGAAGAAAGAAGAUGGAACUUCUUCAGAAGUAUGCCAGUGAAGCUCUUAUGGCUCAAAGUGAAGAGGCUAAGAGACUUCUAGGACUGUAGCGUGUGUUGAGACAGUUCUGUUUUAUAAUCCAUCCUAAAGCAUCCUGGGAGCAGUUGCUUAAAGCAUGUUGGUUCUGCAAAAAUAAUGUACACUUUACAAAUGCUGGAAACGAAGGGUGAUUUCUUUCCCUAAGCACAUUUCACUGCAAGCAUUUCACUCUGCCCUAUUCUGUACAAUUUUUUGUUUUCAGCUUCAGUAGUCAAAACUCAAAAUAACUAGCCAGCUUGCCUUUGAGUUGUCCUUUUCUAGCUGCUUUCCUUUUUGCUUAAUUUCUGGCAUUUUCAGUUGCUCUUAAAUUAGAAAUUAGCAUUCCAGUAUGCUUCUCCAGUCUCAGUAAAAUACAACAGCAUUUAGAUAAAGCCAUAUUUAGCUGCUCACCCUAAUUGCCUACAAAUUUGGAAGAGAAUUGAAGGCAGUUCUUGCAGUGUGGUGUUUUGUUUUUUUAAUGUUUGACUUCACAGCAGAACUGAAGCGCUCUGCACAACUAAUACAGCUUUAUGUAGCAUGCUCAAAGCUCGAUGUGAACACCCACUUGGUUGGAUUUCUGAAAUGCUGGAUAUUUCAGCAACUAAUAUUGUAAAUACUGUUUCACCUUUGUAAUAUCACUCGGAUCUUUUCAGUAAAACAAUUUUUAUGUAGA